AUGGCCGGGUAUCGUACGCACGCUGCACUCACGCAGAUCAUCGACGAUGAGCACGUCCCGCAGGCCGUGCGCAAGGAACGCCCAGUUCAUUGGUCGUCGCCGAAAGACUUGGUGCCGCUGAGUCGCGAGGACAUUGAUGCCUUCCUCGCGCGCCCGUCCAAAAGCCGUCGGGCCGACCUGGCCAAGGCAUACGAGAUCGCCAAGGACCCCGCCGCAUGGAACGAGGAGCAGGACCGCAUAGUCAAAGAGCACGAAGAGGAUAUCCAGGAGCACGGAGAGGAGCAGGAGAGCGAUGUGGCGGCUGGCGAGGAAGAGGACGACGCCGACGAGCGCCCCGGCGCCGCGCGCAAGCGUUCGUCGCCUCAGGCGGCCCCGCCAUCCAAGCGCACACGCAGCGAGCCUACCGAGACGCACACGGAGCUGCAGCCUGACAAGGAGCAUGCCGAGGAGAUCGACCCUGCGACGCGCAGGGUGCGAGAAUGGCGGCACAGGUUACAGCGCGCCUUUUUGAGCAAGGAGGGCGUCAUUUAUGCAAGCGAUAUGGACGCGCAGGACGCGCUAUUUAAGACCGUCGAGGCAUGCGACGACAUGACCGUGGACCAGCUGCGGUCGACCAAGAUUGGCAAGGUUAUGAAGCGGAUUCACCUGUUGCCGGAGGUGCCCCGCGACGACGAGUUCCAUUUCCGUGAGCGCGCCGGCGAGCUUAUGAAGCGAUGGAGCGUGUUGCUCGAUCAGGCAGCAGAGGAUACAGAGGCGUAG